AUGCUGCUCCUCUGGGAAUCUGCUGGAGCCUGGCUAACCCUAGCCAUGACCCUGGCCCUGGGCCCGGGCCGAGGUGGGGCUGUCCCGUGGCAGGACUGCACAGGGGUUGAGUGCUCGCCGCUGGAGAACUGCAUUGAGGAGGCGUUGGAGCCAGGUGCCUGCUGUGCCACAUGCGUGCAACUGGGCUGUGCCUGUGAGGGCUACCAGUACUACGACUGCGUGCAGGGCGGCUUCGUGGAUGGCCGGGUGCCUGCCGGCCAGUCUUACUUCGUGGACUUUGGCAGCACCGAGUGUUCCUGCCCACCUGGGGGUGGCAAGAUUAGCUGCCAGUUCAUGCUGUGUCCUGAGCUGCCUCCUAACUGUGUUGAGACUGUGGUGGUGGCUGAUAGCUGCCCACAGUGUGGCCAGGUGGGCUGUGUGCAUGCUGGCCAUAAGUACGCCGCUGGCCACACUGUCCACUUGCCACCCUGCCGGGCCUGCCACUGUCCUGACACUGGCGGCGAGCUCAUCUGCUACCAGCUCCCGGGUUGCCAGGGCAACUUCUCGGACACAGAGGAGGGUGACCCUGAGCGACACUAUGAAGACCCCUAUAGCUACGACCAGGAGGUGGCUGAGGCAGAAGCAGCAGGCACCCUGGCCAGGGAGGUCCAGGCAGGUGCAGGGGUUCCCCCUGCUGCUCUGGAAGGCGGAAGUCAUCCCCUGUCCACCCUGAAAGCCAGCCCCUGGCCAGUUGCCCUCCCCAGGCCCACGGCAGCCACUGCCCUAGGGCCCCCAGCCCCUGUACAGGCCAAAGCCAGAAGAGUGACAGAGGACAGCAAAGAGGAAGAGAAGCAGAUGGCUGGCACGAAGCAGCUCACAGCAGGUGGCCUCCAGCGGUUAGAUGCUCCGUCCACCACAGCCCCAACGGGCCCCAGUCUCCCUGUCCAGGAGGAGGAAGAGGCAGAGGCCGGGGCAAGGCCUGAAGAGAACCUCAUCCCGGAGGCUGAGGUCACCCCCGACAGUGCCAGGCCUGAGGGGGCCUUGCCCUUGCCAGCAUCAGGCACAGCUGAUCGGGUUCCCUCACCAACUGUGCCCAGCUCUCCUGAUGACCCAGUCAAGCCCAGCACCCAGCCUGUCCUGUCCACGACACCGCCUGACACAGCCCAGGUCCCACCCACCCAACGAGUGCCUGAGCACCCACAGGUUCUACCUCGUUCCCGGGCAGUGGUGGUGGCAGAGGACACAGACCCCAACUCUGUCCAUUCUGUCCCCAGAGGAGACUCUGAAGGCUCCACCAAGGACCUGAUUGAGACGUGCUGCGCAGCUGGACAGCAGUGGGCCAUUGACAAUGAUGAGUGCCUGGAGAUUCCUGAGAGUGGCCUGGAGGGUGAUGUCUGCAGGACAGCCCAGAAGCAGUGCUGUAUCUCCUACCUGAAGGAGAAGAGCUGUGUGGCUGGUGUCAUGGCGGCCAAGGAAGAAGAGGCAUGCGGGUCCGAGGACGGCGACACCUGUGGCUUCUCCCUGUACAAGCAAUGCUGUGACUGUUGUGGCCUGGGACUGCGUGUGCGGGCCGAGGGCCAGGCGUGCGAAUCCAACCCCAACCUGGGCUACCCCUGCAACCACGUCAUGCUCUCCUGCUGCGAAGGAGAGGACCCCCUCAUGGUGCCUGAGGCCCGCCGGCCCCCGGAGCCUGCGGUAGCGCCACGGAGAGUGUCGGAGGUGGAGGCGAUAAGCCGGGAGGCCCUUUCGCUGGGCACAGAGGCUGAGCUGCCCAAUAGCCUGCCGGGGGACGACCAGGACGAAUGCCUGCUGCUCCCUGGGGAGCUGUGCCAGCACCUGUGCAUCAACACUGUGGGCUCCUACCGCUGCGACUGCUUUCCUGGCUUCUCGCUGCAGGACGAUGGCCGCACAUGCCGUCCAGACGGUGAUGCCUCACAGCCGGAAUCUGUACAAGAGGCCCCCAACACCAUCCCAUUGCCCUUGCCACAGCCCAAUACCUGCAAAGACAACGGGCCUUGCAGGCAGGUGUGCAGCAUUGUUGGGGGCUCUGCCAUGUGUUCCUGCUUUGCCGGCUAUGCCAUCAUGGCGGACGGCGUCUCCUGUGAGGACCAAGACGAGUGCCUGAUGGGCGCUCACAAUUGUAACCGACGGCAGUUCUGUGUGAACACCCUGGGAUCCUUCUACUGUGUCAACCACACAGUGCUCUGUGCCGAGGGCUUUAUCCUCAACAUGCACAGGAAGUGCGUGGACAUCAAUGAGUGUGUGACUGACCUACACACGUGCAGCCGGGGCGAGCACUGCGUGAACACGGUCGGCUCCUUCCGCUGCUACAAGGCGCUCACCUGUGAGCCAGGCUAUGUGCUGGAGGACGGCGAGUGUGAGGAUGUGGACGAGUGUGCCAAGGGCACGCACAACUGCCAGGCGGGUUUCUUGUGCCAGAACACCAAGGGCUCAUUCUACUGCCAGGCACGGCAGCGUUGCAUGCAGGGAUUCCUGCAGGACCCUGAGGGCAACUGUGUGGACAUUAAUGAGUGCACCUCGCUCUCGGAGCCCUGCCGGCCUGGCUUCAGCUGCAUCAACACCGUGGGGUCCUACACGUGCCAGCGGAACCAGUUGCUCUGCAGCCGUGGUUACCACGCCAACGAGGAUGGGACCAAGUGUGUGGACGUGAACGAAUGUGAGACGGGCGUGCACCGUUGUGGCGAGGGCCAGCUAUGCCACAAUCUCCCUGGCUCCUACCGCUGUGACUGCAAAGCCGGCUUCCAGCGGGAUGCUUUUGGCCGGGCGUGCAUCGACGUGAACGAGUGCUGGGCAUCACCUGGCCGUCUGUGCCAGCACACGUGUGAGAACACAGUUGGCUCCUACCGCUGCUCCUGUGCCUCCGGCUUCCUGCUGGCUGCUGAUGGCAAACACUGUGAAGACGUGAACGAAUGUGAGGCCCAGCGCUGCAGCCAGGAGUGUGCCAACAUCUACGGCUCCUACCAGUGCUACUGUCGCCAGGGUUACCAGCUGGCCGAGGAUGGACACACCUGCAAAGACAUUGAUGAGUGUGCUCAGGGCGCCAGCAUCCUUUGCACCUUCCGCUGCCUCAAUGUGCCUGGAAGCUACCAGUGUGCAUGCCCAGAGCAGGGCUACGCCAUGACAGCCAACGGGAGGUCCUGCAAGGACCUGGACGAAUGUGCGCUGGGCACACACAACUGCUCUGAGGCUGAGACCUGUCACAACAUCCAGGGCAGCUUCCGCUGCCUGCAUCUCCAGUGUCCGCCCAACUAUGUCCGUGUCUCUGAAACGAAGUGCGAGCGCACUACGUGCCAUGACUUCGUGGAGUGCCAGAACUCACCAGCACGCAUCACAUACUACCAGCUCAACUUACAGACAGGUCUCCUGGUGCCCACCCACAUCUUCCGCAUCGGCCCAGCACCGGCUUUCACGGGGGACACCAUCUCUUUGACUAUUGUCAAGGGCAAUGAGGAGGGCUACUUUGGCACAAGUAGGCUCAAUGCCUACACGGGUGCGGUGUCACUGCAGCGGUCGGUGCUGGAGCCCCGGGACUUCGCCCUGGAUGUGGAGAUGAAGCUGUGGCGGCAGGGCUCUGUCACCACCUUCUUGGCCAAGAUGUCCAUCUUCUUUACGGCUUUCGCCAUGUGAGCCCAUGUCUUGCCCAUGCUGGCAGGUGCACCUCUGCUGCCACUCAACGCUGUGUGGGUGGGGCCGGAUUCCCGGUGGUGGUGGCUUUCUCUCUCACUCUGCAUAUGAACUUCAUUUCCCUGACUUGACUCACACUGCUGACCUUCCUGGAAUGCCGCAGGACAGAGGCUGGCGGUGGGAGACACAGCAACCCAGAGAUCCGUCCUCAAAGCUGACAUUCCACUUCUUGUUCCACUGUGAUAUUUCUUUACAUUUUUU